UCAUUGGCCCAAACUUCAAAUUACCACAACGCCCCGCAGAAAUGAAGGAAAACCCCGCAGGCGGUGUCAUGCCAUCGCCUAGAAAAUCCACCGAUUCCAAAAGAUCAGCGAUCGCGAAUGGCAACCUCAGAUGCAAUGGACGAUAGCUUCAGAGUCCGAGUGGAGAAGAUUUUUGGACCAUUGACUUCUUCCUCGCCGCAAUCUUCGUCUCUUCAAUCGACUCUCUGGUCUCUCACUGAUGAUGAGAUCGAGAGAAGAGAAUGGAGGCAAGGAGGCGCCGGAACACCUGACAGGGACGAAAUACCUUGCUCAUCUUCGUUUGAUGAUUUGAAAAGGGAUCUGCGGAGGACUUUUCGUAGAGAGCUCCAACGUGAUCUCGAAGACGAGGAGGAGUCCAAUACGUUGCGAGGGAGAGGAGCGGGCACGGAUGGUGAGGAUGAAUGGGAUAUCAGGUCCUCGAUUGGCUUGGACAGUACGCUCGAUAAUGAAGAAGAGGAAGAUGAAUAUGAUAAAGUGGCUUCAGGAAGAGAAAGUGCUGGGGAACGUCUUUAUAUGAAGAAUGUUAUUAAUCAAGGCAAUCGUACUGUACUUGCAAAGUCAUUUCAUGGCACAAGAGAUCCACGUGCUAAUCAUAUGGCAGCAAAAAUUAGGCUGACAGAAGAUGAAGCUGAAGCUCAAAAGUUUUCUCAAUAUGGCUGUGAUACAAAAGUCAGAGAGCUCCAUAGGAAACCAUAUAAUGAAAGUGGCAGUCAAUUGAGAUCUAUACUGAAAAGGAAAGAUAACAAAUCAGAUUCCAAGUGACAUAAGCGUGUCAGGUUUGUUGACCCUGGGUGUAAAACUGAAAGCAAGGAAGAAGCAUCCCAAAAAAUUCAAGCCAUUUCUGUGGGCAGUUCUUCAGUAAACCGUAUGAUUAUGGAUGAUGAACACGUUUCGAGGCAGAACAGAUUCAGCGUUCCAGAUCAUGUGGAGAAUCCUUUUAAGUGUACCCAUUACAGCUAUAAUGCAUCUAGUGAGGUUGAAGAGAAAGCCCAUGCGGGGGCUGGCAUGAAUUUUCUUAAGCUGGUGAAAGGUCAAAUCCACAGAAUCGGGAUCAGAGUCCGAGAAUGCCUCAGCUAACCUUACAAUUCCAAAGUCGGUGACUUUUAUUCCCAAGAAAAAGGCAGGUGAACUUAAACCAGGAAACUGUAGCUGCAAGGUUAAGCAAGAUGAGGGAGGGGAUGGUAAUCUGUCCUUGCAGCACACAAUAUUACCUGUUGGCGUUGAGGCCGUAGAAUCACAAGAAUCUGGAGCUCGUGUAGUAGAGGAAGACGGAAGAGAAACAAAUGACAUAAUCAGAAGAGAUGGUUCCCAAAAGACUACUCGCAAGUAUCGAAUAAGGUCUAACACAGAUGAAUCCGAUCCUUGACGCCCCAUGACCUUGUGAUUAUCCUAGAUUUCUCUACUGAAGUCUUAUAAUUUUUUCUUUAAUUGCUGCAACUGAAGCCGGUACUUGCUCCCCCGUUUUUUCCCGUUGAACAUGGUUGUGUAACGUGGAAGCAGCACGUCCUUCCCAUUUGGUUAAAUGCGUUUUAUAAUGAUGGUGGAAUUCAGAUCUGAUGCUGC